UCGUUCUGUUGGAAUUCAGCGUGCAGCCGCGGUUUCACAUCUGCGCCUCUGUUGUUCACUCAGGUGGGAUUGGAUUUGAGCACAAACGCAUACCUCAACAAGAAUGGCUAUCGCAAUCGUCAAGAUCGGAAUUUCAUUGAAAAUGCUACCAAAUAACAGUGCCGUGUUCUUCAAAUCGGACGGUGGGAGAUUUGGCCAAACCAGGACGAUUAAAUUGCUAACGGGGUCAAAGUACAAGAUUGAAGUGGUUGUCAAACCUGGGGCUGCAGAGGCAACCACUAUGAGUGUAGGCGGAGUCAUCUUCCCCUUGGAGCAGAAGUCUAGAGACCCCCAGUCUGUAGUCUACACUGGCGUCUACAACACAGAGGGCAUGACUCACACCAAGAGUGGAGACAGACAAGCUGUACAGAUCAGCUUGCAGUUCACAGAGGUGGGCUCUUUUGAAGUGGUGUGGCAGGUGAAGUACUACAACUACAACAAGAGGGACCACUGCCAGGGAGGCAACAGUUUCAACAGCAUCGAGUACGAGUGCAAGCCCAACGAGACACGCAGCCUGAUGUGGGUCAACAAGGAGCUGUUCGUCUGAUGGACCAACCAACACAGACAGCAUCAGGGUUGUGUUCAUUAGGCACCAAAAUUGAAGUUAACGUAGUGAUGAAACUGGGCGGUACUACCUGAAAUUACAAAAGCUGAAGAACAUACGCACAUCCAGGUGCUUUCCGCAGGUGCUGGAGUUGUAGGCAAACUCAUGGAAAACAGAAUGGAAAACGCCUCACCUGAAAUUAGCCAAUGAAAAUACCUGUUACAGUUUUCCGUUGCAAAAUGUUUUGCUACGGUGUGCCCUAAUGAACACGACCCUGAUGCCACUGAAAUGAGAGAUGGAUGACAAUCAGCUGCUGUGUGUUUCAGCUGUAGCCAGGAACACAAAGUGGAUCAUUUGUUGACUACACGUGAAACUGUUAACCCAAACAUCUUUUCCUCCGAGUCUGUUGUGGCAUAAUGUUCACCCUCAGGUGUAUUCUGUUCCAUGGAGUGUGUGUGUGUGUGUUAUCUAUUUAUAUGUAUGAAGGCUGUGUGUUAAUGUGUGUGUGUGUGUGUGUGUGUGUGUGUGUGUGUGUGUAAAUGUUAUGUGUGUGUAAAUGUUAUGUGUGUGUGUGUGUGUGUGUGUGUGUAAAUGUUAUGUGUGUGUAAAUGUUAUGUCUGUGUGUGUGUGUGUGUGUGUGUGUGUGUGUAAAUGUUAUGUGUGUGUAAAUGUUAUGUCUGUGUGUGUGUGUGUGUGUGUGUGUGUGUGUAUCUAUGCGUAUCCACGGAGGCAGUAUGUUAAUACGUACGCUGUAUGUGCAGAUGUUGCGUGUGUUAUAGUACUGUAAUGAGCAGUCAGUGCUUUUAAAAAUGUAUUUAAAAAUUGUUUUAGCUUUUUAUGUUCAAUUAAAAUGUUGUCCCAUAUGUUGACAGAGGACAAGUAGU